UUUGUGCAAACUGUUGUAAACUGAACAGCGCGCACUCAGAGAUCUGCAUUGUUCCUUUGUUAACAUUUUUAGACCGUUCCGCCAACAAGUCGACGCUCCCUAGCCGUGCUUAUGCGUGCAUUUUGCCGACGCUCCCUAGCGUUUUGCCGAGAGUCAUCAAUUAUGCAGGGAAACCUCACGCAUUCGGGAAGCAAGAUAGCAGCAACAAUAUGGCGACAACCGCAGUUUCUCCUCAGCGUUCCCCACAUCUGCAGUUGAGCGCAACAUUUCUGGAUUUCUGUUAACGCUGAAAAAAGUUAGCUGUCCUGGAUGGUACAUAACUAAAGAACAAGUUGCUGCAGGAUGAAAACAUGGCUGCACCCCUUCUUGCACCACCAGGACCUGACAGCUUCAAGAGAUUCACUAAGGAAUCUCUGGCUAACAUUGAGAAGCGUAUCGCCGAGGAGAAAAAGAAGAAACGCCCAAAACCCGAAAGCAGCCACCGAAGCGAUGCUGAUGAGAACAAACCCCAUCCCAACACCGACCUUGAGGCAGGUCGCAGCCUGCCCUUCAUCUAUGGGGACGUCCCUCCAGACAUGGUGGCUGUGCCACUGGAGGACUUGGACCCUUUCUAUAUGAACCAGAAAACAUUUAUAGUACUAAACAAAGGAAAAACAAUCUUCCGCUUUAGUGCCACGCCUUCCUUGUACAUCCUAAGUCCUUUUAAUCUGUUUAGGCAAAUUGCUAUUAAAAUUUUGAUACAUUCAGUCUUCAGCAUGAUCAUUAUGUGUACAAUUUUGACCAACUGUGUGUUCAUGACUUUUAGCAAUCCUCCAGAGUGGUCUAAGCAAGUGGAGUACACCUUCACUGGUAUUUACACAUUUGAAUCACUGACAAAAAUAUUUGCUCGAGGAUUCUGUAUAGACAAUUUCACAUUCUUACGAGAUCCAUGGAACUGGCUGGACUUCAUGGUGAUCUCAAUGGCAUAUGUGACAGAGUUUGUGGACCUGGGGAACGUCUCCGCCCUGAGAACGUUCAGAGUUCUCCGAGCGUUGAAAACUAUCUCUGUCAUUCCAGGCCUGAAGACCAUUGUCGGUGCCCUGAUCCAGUCUGUGAAAAAGCUUUCGGAUGUGAUGAUCCUCACUGUCUUCUGCCUAAGUGUCUUCGCCCUGAUAGGCCUGCAGCUCUUCAUGGGUAACCUGCGGCAAAAAUGUGUCAUCUGGCCCAUCAAUUCCACCGAUACCUAUCUUAACAAUGGCAGCAAGGGCUUUGACUGGGAUGAGUACAUCAUGAAUGACACUAAUUUUUACAUCCUUCCGGGACAGUUAGAUGCCCUUUUGUGUGGAAACAGCUCAGAUUCUGGUCGUUGUCCUGAGGGAUACACAUGUAUGAAGGCUGGGAGAAACCCUAACUAUGGAUACACUAGUUUCGACAGCUUUGGCUGGGCCUUCCUGGCUCUCUUCCGCCUCAUGACCCAGGACUACUGGGAAAACUUGUAUCAGUUGACACUAAGGGCUGCAGGAAAGACCUACAUGAUCUUCUUUGUGUUGGUGAUCUUUGUGGGUUCUUUCUACCUGGUAAACUUGAUCCUGGCUGUGGUGGCCAUGGCCUAUGAAGAGCAGAACCAGGCCACUAUAGAGGAGGCUGAGCAGAAAGAGGCGGAGUUCAAGGCCAUGCUGGAGCAGUUAAAGAAGCAGCAGGAGGAAGCCCAGGCUGCAGCUAUGGCAACUUCAGCAGGCACUGUGUCAGAGGAUGGAGUUGAAGAUGAUGGUGGAGGCCACUUGUCACGGAGCUCAUCUGAGAUCUCCAAGCUCAACUCCAAGAGUGCCAAGGAGCGAUGUAACCGGAAGAAGAAAUGGCAGCAGAAGGAGCAGUCACGUGGUGAGGAGAAGGGAGAUAGUGAGAAGAUUGUCACCGAAUCUGAUGAAGGCAGUAAGAGGAGCAGGUUUCGUUUUCCAGACAACCGGCGGGGCAGACGGACGUCCAUCAUAAACCAGUCCCUUCUCAGCAUCCCAGGGUCGCCCUUCCUUUCACGACAGAACAGCAAGAGCAGCAUCUUCAGCUUUAAGGGCCGCUCCAAGGACGUGGGGUCGGAGAACGAAUUUGCCGAUGAUGAGCACAGCACAGUAGAGGAAAGCGAGGAGCGCCGUGGCUCCCUGUUCAUCCCCUAUCGACGCAGCAGCUACAGUGGCUACAGCCAGGGCUCCUCCCGCAUCCAUGCACUGGUGACCCAUGGCAAGAGGAACAGCACUGUGGACUGCAAUGGCGUGGUGUCACUCAUCGGGCCUGGGCCUGGCGGACGCCUUCUGCCUGAGGUGAUAAUAGACAAAGCAGCUACCGAUGACAGUACCACGGAGGUGGAGGUGAAGAAGAAACAAUCAGGCUCCCUGAUGGUGUCUGUGGACCAGCUGAACACCUCUUUUGGGCGCAAAGACCGGGCCAACAGUGCUAUGAGUGUUAUCACUAACACUCUGGUGGAGGAGCUAGAAGAAUCCCAGCGCAAGUGCCCACCUUGCUGGUACAAGUUUGCCAACACCUUCCUUAUCUGGGAGUGCUGCCCUUUGUGGGUGAAAUUUAAGGAGAUUGUCAACCUGAUUGUGAUGGACCCUUUUGUGGACCUGGCCAUCACCAUCUGCAUUGUCCUCAACACUCUAUUCAUGGCUAUGGAGCACUAUCCCAUGACACCCCACUUUGAGGCGGUGCUGUCAGUGGGUAAUCUGGUGUUCACUGGGAUCUUCACAGCUGAAAUGUUUGCCAAGCUUGUGGCCAUGGACCCAUACUACUACUUCCAGGAAGGCUGGAACAUCUUUGAUGGCUUCAUUGUGAGCCUCAGCUUAAUGGAGCUGAGUCUGGCAGAUGUGGAAGGCCUUUCUGUAUUGCGAUCAUUCCGACUGUUGAGAGUGUUCAAACUGGCCAAGUCCUGGCCCACGCUGAACAUGCUCAUUAAAAUCAUUGGCAACUCCGUGGGUGCCCUAGGCAACUUGACCUUGGUACUCGCUAUCAUUGUCUUCAUCUUUGCUGUGGUGGGCAUGCAGCUGUUUGGCAAGAGCUACAAAGACUGUGUGUGUAAGAUCGCCCAGGACUGUGAACUUCCCCGCUGGCACAUGAAUGACUUCUUCCACUCCUUCCUCAUCGUGUUCCGUGUUCUGUGUGGCGAAUGGAUCGAGACCAUGUGGGACUGCAUGGAGGUUGCAGGCCAGACCAUGUGCCUCAUCGUCUUCAUGAUGGUCAUGGUCAUUGGGAACCUGGUGGUGCUGAACCUGUUCCUUGCCUUGCUGCUGAGCUCCUUCAGUGCAGACAACCUGGCAGCCACGGAUGACGAUGGAGAGAUGAACAACCUGCAGAUUUCCGUAAUCCGCAUCAAAAAGGGCAUUGCCUGGGUGAAGGUCAAAGUGCGGGUCCUGGCUGCUACUAUCCUGAAGAAGACGGCGCCAGAAGAGGAGAAGCCACUGGGAGACAUCUAUGAGAAGAAGGUCAAUUGCAUUGCCAACCACACGGGUGUGGACAUCAAUAGGGAAACGGAGUACCAGAAGAAUGGCAAUGGCACCACCAGUGGGAUUGGCAGCAGCGUAGGAAAGUACAUGAUUGACGAGGAUCGCAUGUCCUUCAUUCACAACCCCAACCUCACUGUGAGGGUGCCCAUUGCCGUGGGCGAGUCUGACUUUGAGAACCUCAACACCGAGGACUUCAGCAGCGAGUCAGACAUCGAAGGCAGCAAAGAUCUGGACGAUACCAGCUCCUCAGAGGGGAGCACUAUUGACAUCAAGCCAGAUGUGGAGGACGUGGUGGUGGUUGAGGCAGUGGAGGAGUACCUGGACCCAGACGCCUGCUGGACAGAGGCCUGUGUGGCGCGGUACAAAUGCUGCGAUGUCUCUAUCACGGAGGGCUGGGGGAAGUAUUGGUGGUAUCUGAGGAAGACCUGCUACCUAAUAGUGGAGCACAACUGGUUUGAGACUCUCAUCAUCUUCAUGAUCCUCCUCAGUAGUGGGGCACUGGCUUUUGAAGAUGUGUAUAUUGAGCAGAGGAAGACCAUUCGCAUCAUCUUAGAGUAUGCUGACAGAGUGUUCACCUACAUCUUCAUCCUGGAGAUGCUGCUGAAGUGGGUGGCCUACGGAUUUGUCAAGUACUUCACCAACGCCUGGUGCUGGUUGGAUUUUUUCAUAGUGGAUGUGUCCAUAGUCAGCCUUAUAGCUAAUGCCCUGGGAUACUCUGAUCUAGGGCCAAUUAAAUCUCUCAGGACACUAAGGGCCUUGAGACCCCUCAGAGCCUUGUCACGUUUUGAAGGGAUGAGGGUGGUAGUCAACGCCUUGGUUGGUGCCAUCCCUUCCAUUAUGAAUGUACUAUUGGUUUGCUUGAUCUUUUGGCUGAUCUUCAGUAUCAUGGGGGUCAACUUGUUUGCGGGCAAGUACUACUAUUGUUAUAAUGAGACAGCAGAGGAGAACUUCCUACCUGACGUCGUCAACAACAGAACGCAGUGUUUCCAGUUCAUCAAUGCCAAUUACACUGAAGUUAGGUGGAAGAAUGUCAAGAUCAACUUUGACAAUGUGGGUGCUGGCUACCUGGCUUUGCUGCAAGUGGCAACAUUUAAGGGCUGGAUGGAUAUCAUGUAUGCAGCUGUGGACUCUCGAAAGGUCGAAGAUCAGCCAAUCUAUGAGGACAACCUCUAUAUGUACAUCUACUUUGUCAUCUUCAUCAUCUUUGGCUCCUUCUUCACUCUAAAUCUUUUUAUUGGUGUCAUUAUCGACAAUUUCAACCAGCAGAAGAAAAAGUUUGGAGGCCAGGACAUCUUUAUGACAGAGGAGCAGAAAAAAUAUUACAAUGCUAUGAAAAAAUUAGGCUCCAAAAAACCACAGAAGCCUAUCCCAAGACCACUGAACAAGAUUCAAGGGGUGGUGUUUGACUUUGUGACACAACAAGUCUUUGACAUCUCUAUCAUGAUCCUCAUUUGCCUCAAUAUGGUAACCAUGAUGGUAGAGACAGAUGAUCAGACAGAAGAGAUGGAGAAUAUUCUCUACUGGGUCAACUUCAUUUUCAUUAUUGUUUUCACCUCUGAGUUUGUGCUAAAACUCUUUGCCUUACGACAUUACUACUUCACCAUUGGCUGGAACAUCUUUGAUGUAGUUGUGGUCAUCCUCUCAAUUGUGGGUAUGUUCUUGGCGGAUCUUAUUGAGAAAUACUUUGUGUCACCAACUCUCUUCAGAGUGAUUCGCCUGGCCCGAAUUGGCCGCAUUCUGCGUUUGAUUAAAGGGGCUAAGGGAAUCCGGACUUUACUGUUUGCACUGAUGAUGUCACUUCCAGCCCUCUUCAACAUUGGGCUGCUGCUUUUCCUUGUCAUGUUCAUCUUCUCCAUCUUUGGCAUGUCAAACUUUGCCUAUGUCAAGAGAGAGGGCGGGAUUGAUGACAUGUACAACUUUGAGACCUUUGGCAACAGCAUGAUCUGCUUGUUCAUGAUCACGACCUCAGCUGGCUGGGAUGGUCUGUUGCUGCCCAUUCUUAACUACCCACCUGACUGUAGCACAGAGAAGGAGAACCCAGGCACCACAGUGAAGGGGGACUGUGGCAAUCCUUCUGUUGGUAUCUUCUUCUUUGUGAUGUACAUCAUCAUUUCUUUCCUCAUUGUGGUUAACAUGUACAUUGCCAUCAUCCUUGAAAACUUCAGUGUGGCUACUGAGGAGAGCGCAGAUCCACUGAGUGAAGAUGACUUUGAAACGUUCUAUGAGAUUUGGGAGAAGUUUGAUCCAGAUGCCUCACAGUUCAUUGCUUAUGACAAGCUCUCUGACUUUGCAGACGCUCUAGAACACCCAUUGCGGGUGCCCAAGCCAAACACCAUUGAACUGAUCGCCAUGGAUAUGCCCAUGGUAAGUGGAGACCGCAUCCAUUGCCUGGACAUCCUAUUCGCCUUCACAAAGCGUGUGCUGGGAGACAGCGGUGAGUUGGACAUGUUGCGGCAGCAGAUGGAGGAACGCUUUGUGGCUGCUAACCCCUCCAAAGUGUCGUAUGAGCCAAUAACCACAACUCUCCGUCGCAAGCAGGAGGAGGUGUCGGCUGUCAUCAUCCAGCGUGCCUACCGUGCCUACCUGGCUAGACGGGGCUUCAUCUCUAAGAAAAGGCCAGGUAACAACAAGCUAGAGAAUGGAGGGACCAAUCAGGAAAAACUAGAGAGCACGCCCUCCACCGCCUCCCUACCCUCCUAUGACAGUGUAACAAAACCAGACAAGGAAAAACAGGAGGAUAAUGAGGGGAGAGGCAGAAAAGAAAAGGGCAGAAACCAAAAGGAUGUCAGGGAAUCAAAGUGUUAAGUCAACAAUAACAAUGACCGUAAAAUUAAAGGAAUAUAAGACGAAACCCUGAAGUCACACUAAACAAAUGUACAGAUA